AUGGCAUAUCCUCGUACCUUUCCAUUCCGCCUCCAUGCCAUCCUGGAACACAUCUGUGACACACAGGAUGUUGAUGCUGAGGGCAGCAUCGUCUCUUGGACUCCUACUGGGAAAAGUUUCAGGAUUCACAACCUCGGCGCCUUCAAGAAAUGCGUUUUGCCGAAGUACUUCCCAAAGCAGAGCAAGUACAAGUCUUUUCUCCGACAGCUGCAAUAUUAUGGUUUUAUCAACUAUGGCUUCGGCCACUUUGGUCAUCCCUUCUUCCUUCGACAGAACAAGGCGCUUUUGUCCCAGAUCAAGCACAAUAAGGCAAGCACCUCUGUUUCUGCUGCUGCGGCCGAAAAACGUAAAGAUUAUUUGCUACUACCAGAAUCACCAACGCAAGGGGGCGCCAGAGAAUCGUUGGACCGGUUCAUCAUCGAGGAAGUUACUGCUCGAGAUGAUGAUGCCCAACACACGGUAAAAUUCAAUUCGAAUGCCCUCACAAUGUUGGCUUUGCCUCGGUUGCGGCAUGCGGAAGUGUUGGCGCAGGUGAAACUCGGACUGGCGUCACUACAAAACGCUUCCCGGUCAUCACAUUUGAGCUUGGUCGACAUUCAAGCUCUCAAUCAUUGGACAGUGAGAUGCGGGCGACAAGAACUUGCCAGACAAGUCCUCCUAUCGUCAUUGACAUCAAGUCCGUUGAGCCUGAACAACAUGCUUGCAAGACGACAGGUUGACCUUGCGCUACUCAAACUAGGAACUGCCACCACCUUCCAUCGACAGGACUAA